AUGUGUGCCCAAGUGAUCGACCUUGCGGCUUUAGAUGAGGGUGAUGACUUUGAACUCGUCGAUGUGCACGAGACUUUUCGCCACUUCAACGAGCUAUGCUUCGACCAGACGUUGGAGGCAGUGUGUGUUUCUUGGAGCAAAAGACUGACUCUAAGCGCCGGCAGAUGCCGUUUUAAGGGACAGCGCUAUUGUGAAAUUACGUUGAGCGAACCUAUACUGAAGUACCGCUCAGCGAAGGAAUGUAAGGUAAUCAGCUUUAGAAAUCCCAUCGAGCACUCAUCACAGGAAACACUUUUACACGAGAUGAUCCAUGCCCACCUGUUUCUGACUAAGCAGUAUAAGAAUGUGAAGGCGCACGGCAAGGAAUUCAUCUGGCACAUGCACCGCGUGAACGAAAUAACUGGACUCAAUGUGACUAUACACCAUAACUUCCAUGAAGAGGUGGCAUACCACAGAAAGCACGUAUGGCGGUGUUCGGGGCCAUGUCAGCUGUUGGCUCCGCACUACGGUUAUUUACGCCGCGCAAGAAACCUGGCGCCUGGUCCUAGAGACAGAUGGUGGGAAAGUCAUCAAAUGCUAUGUGGCGGUAAUUUUCACAAGGUCGCCGAGCCUCCAGCGACUGGUAAUCGGCAGCGGAAUAAACGGCACAAACACCUCGCCAAAGUGCAGGAGCAAGGUUCCGAAGUUGAACUCAUCGAUUGUAUCGCUGCUGAGAGGAGCAAUUCUUACGUUACCGUGGAUUCUGCUAAUCCUACUGUUGUCAUCGAUCUAUGCGAUAAAGAUGCCACUUGA